AAAGAAGAGGAAGUGAAGAAGUGAGGAAGUGGCAGCGCUGGUGGAAAACUGACUACUGGACAGCACGGUUGCUAGUGUCUGCUGUCCAUAACGGCCGCCUUGCGUUGAACAAUCGUUACUAUCGUGUCCAAAAAUGUCUAAAAACUCACUUUCCGACCGGUUUAGGAAAGUAGACGUUGAUGAAUACGACGAGAAUAAGUUUGUGGACGAGGAAGAAGGAGGAGAGAACCAGGGAGGUCCGGACGAAGCAGAAGUAGACGCUUUGCUCAGACAGGGGAACAUGAAUGCAGCUCUCCAAGCAGUGCUAAAGAAUCCUCCAAUCAACACCAAGAACCAGGUCGCCAAGGAGCGAGCCGAGCAGCUGGUGGUCAAAGUGCUGAGCAGUUUUAAGAGCGGCGACAUAGAGAAGGCCGUGGGCUCGCUGGACAAAGCUGGAGUGGACCUGCUGAUGAAAUACAUCUACAGAGGCUUCGAAACCCCGUCGGACAACAGCAGCGCCGUGCUGCUGCAGUGGCAUGAGAAGGCUCUGGCGGUGGGGGGAGUGGGCUCUAUUGUCCGAGUCCUGACUGCCAGGAAGACGGUCUGAUCCUCGCAGGAAGUCCUUCUGCCAAGCGGGCAUUAGACAGUCAUCUGGCCAAACACCAGAUCACCGGGCCUUCCUGUUUUUUGGACAUGAUUCCUGUUUAUUUUUAUACUGAAGCCGAGUGCCCUCCGCAGUUCUUUCCUCUGUUUUUUCUUCUUCUCCUUCUUCUUCUGCAUUCACUAUUUUCAAUCACACCUCUGGAAUUUAGAAGUGCAGACAGACAGACAGACAGGCAGACAGACAGACAGGUGCUGGCACCUUAAACUGUCUCUGUGUGUGUGUGUUUGUGUGCCAGCCAGCCAUGCAGAGAGAGAACAGACACAUUUCAGACGCUUGACUCGGACACAAUCUCGCCAAAGCAGCUCUACGCUCUUUUUUUUUUUUUUCUCUUUUCUUCUCCAAACUGCCUCCCUGCUGCUCCGAUGCCUCAGCGCUCCUCCUCCUCCUCCUCCUCCUCCUCCUCCUCCUCCUUUCUCUCCGAGUCAUCCAGGUUGAGGCGUUUGCUCCUGAAUGGGCUGCCAGAGACUGGAGACUGGGUUUUCCCUGCCUUUUGCCCAGUGCAUGCUGGGAUUGGAGUGCUUUUUUUCUUUUCCCCUCAUCUUUUUUCAUCAUUCUAACAUUGUGAACUUCUUUGAUUGUUGACUCUUUUUUUUUUUUUUUUACUUACACCACAUUGUUGUGUGUAGCCUGGCUUACAUUGGGGUUUUUAUAUCUGAAAGAAGCAACAAAAUAAAGUACUAAAGCCAAGGCUCUAAUAAAUGUUUGUUUAAUUCAUGCAACAAAUGCAACAUUUCCUUAUUUUCUCAUUCGCUUUAAGCUUAUGUCUAUAAUUGAUUAAAGACCACAAGAAAACAUCAUGCCCAAGCUACCAGCUAGCUUAUAUUAUUGUGUAUAAUUUGGAGUUGCACCUUGUCGAUUAUUUUGUCGAUCAGUUAUUUGGUCUAUAAAAUGUCAGAAAAUUGUGAAAAA